AUGAGUGUAAGUUGUUUGUUUUCAGAAAAAAAAUGUUAAGAAAAAGAAGAAUUUUCAGCUUACAAAUGGGAAAUUUGGCGAUAUCGUCAAUAAAAAGACAGUUAUCUCAAUUGCAGCGGGAAUUGGUGUUGGGGUGUUUUUGGCGAAUUUUGUGCGAUUGUAAGUUUUGUCAUCAGAGGGAAGGAAACUAGAAUUGAUUGGAAAUAUUUGUAUUAUUCAGGCGAAGUCGAACGAAAACACAAAGCAUUUCUGAAGAGCUAGUAGUCGCCGAUUUUUCACCAUCAGAGUUGCGAAGAUCGCAAAGUGGCCGAGGUUUCCGGCCGGGUUCUUCACAAGCACAAGGCUCGCUACGCUCAAGCAUGCGACAAAACUCUUCAAGAAGUCUUAGCCAAAAUCCAAUUGAGGCAGAUAUCACAAAUGGGCAGGAAAUGUGUGUAGAACUUCGAAAAACCGUGGAAAGAGUCUAUAAUAGUUUAGAACUUGUGAAAAAUCGAAGUAGCAAAGAUAUGGAAAGAUCAUUGAAGAUUGAAGGAAUUCUAAAUAGUUUGAAGCAAGUCGAGGGGGAGAUUGGCAAGCUUUUACCCCAAUUAGAUGAGUAUAGUAAUGAUAAUUUCGAAUAUCAUUCCGCAUACGCUCCAAGUGUCAGAACCGGAAGAUCUCGAACACUAUCAGUUUUAUCUGAUGACUCUUUCCGAAGUGCGGUUGAAGAAUUUGGCGUCGAAAUUGAUGACAUUGAUUUUAUAUCCGAGGCAAAAAAUCUGCAACAAAACGAAUUGAUUUUCUAUCAAGAAGGGAUGAAUGCGGCGUGCAAUGGGGAAGUGAAAUAUCGAAAAUCUCGCGCAGAAUUGUGUAAAUGUGAAAGUGAGACGGAUUUUGCUGCAAAAUUGUAUUGUAUUCGAUUGGCGUUGACGAAUACGUUGAAGGAUGAGCAUAAACGAGUUUGGUUGGCGAAAUGUAGCAGAACUUUGUUGGCUGAUUUUAUUCGGCAUACCAGACAGGUUGGAAAAUGUUCAAAUAUUGAUGAAUGAUACUCAAAAUGCAUUUACUUCACAAAAAAUUGAAGUUGAAUAUAAAUUUCAGAAAGAUAUAUGUGGCCGAACUAUUUUGGGUGGCCGAGAAAUGUCGGGAAUUCGGUCAAAGCAACAAACGCGCUCCCCUAAUUUUGCAAAUAUUAUCGAAAAUCUCAUGCGCUCCACCGAAAUAAACACGCAACGCAGACCGCGUCGCGCCACAACACACACAAAAAACGGGAAUUUGAAUCGUUCCCUUAUUUGUGUGUCGUGGCGCGGCGCGGUCUGCGUUGCGUGUUUAUUUCGGUGGAGCGCGUGGAGAUUUUCGAUAAUAUUUUGAUUAUUGGAGCGAGUUUUGUCGCUUUGGCCGAAUUCCCGACAUUUCUCGGCCACAUAUCUUCUGAAAUGUAUUUUCAACUUCAAUUUUUUGUGAAGUAAGUGCAUUUUUAAGUUAAAUUUAUCAACAUUUGAAUAUUUCUAAAAGUUGCCGGGCCAUUAAAAAAAUAUGUUUUUCCCAGGACCCCGUAAAGUUCUUCAACGCCUUCGACAACAUGCUAAACUUCGUCUCCGCCGAACAAAACCACGACCAACUCAAAGAAGACAUCGAAGUGCGCGGUGUCACCGAAAUCGGCUUCUUCGACGUUGUCGUCGAUUUCAUCAUCCUCGACUCAUUCGAAGAUCUCAAAUCGCCACCGUCUGCCAUCUAUUCGGUGACUAAAAACUAUUUCAUGUCAAAUUCGAUGAAAUAUUCCACACUGAACACGGUGAUUUGGUCGAUUAUCAAGUCGAAAAGACAGCGAUUGAAGAAUCCCGAUGGAUUUAUAUCGAAGUUCUAUGAUAUUUCGGAGACUGUGAUGCCGGCGAUUACGUUGGGAUUUUUGGGAACUGAUGAGAGGUUGGGAGAACUUUGCCAGUAUUUUAAGGUAAGGCAAAAAUUCCCGAUGAAUCCCAAUUUUCUCAUCUUCCAGGAACAAAUCAUCCAAUUCGUCCUGGACAUUUUCAACACCCAAAAAGUUUGCUAUCGAUCUUUGGAUGAGAUGUCGGAAGAUGUUUGGAUUGUGAUGAGAAAUCGAUUGGAGGCCGUGCAGACUAGAAUGAGCAAUGAAUUAUUGCCCGCUUAG